CAGAGAAAACAAGUGACCAAGCCAGAGUUGAAGCUGAAGAUAGUAACGGAUUGACAGAGGAAGCAACUAGAUUCCAAUACAAGAAACCAACAGGAGGCAGCAUGGCAAGGGUAACUAGAGGCCAGAUCAGAGAUUGGUGCCGUGCACUACCAACCGGCCUACCCAUCUGCCUCCCAUAGUGGCGUGAACUGGCUAUCAGUAGAUGUCUAGAUGCCAGUACAAAACUAACAUUUGUCCCAGCUCCUUGCACCAGCCACCAGCAUGCAUAGAUAGCAUCUCAAGCCCCCAGUCCCAAGAGGCUCCCCAAGAUGAAUGCUGCUACAUAGGUAGAGAGUGUAUCCGUGAUCGCUAACCUAGAAAAUAGAGUGUGGAGAUGGGAGAGGCUGAGGAAGUACCAGAAGGCAGCAGCCAUGGUGAGGCAUUGGAGCUCCUCAUGUCCAUGGCGUCCUCUUCACUGGCCUGCUCUGUCUCACAGUUCCCAGCGAAGUGGCAAUCCAUCAAGGACAAGCUUCAGCAGCUCUGCUGCAGCCUAAAUUCAUUGUGCUGCAGCGUCGACGUCGACGGCAAUGGCGGUGACGAGGAGCAUCCCGUGUUGCUCGAGCUUCUGCACUCGGCUUCAGCAACCGCGAGGAGCAUCCAGGUUGUUUCUUCUCAAUGCAGCGAUGGGUCAUACAAGGAUGGAAGGCUCCGUCUGAGGAGUGACAUGGACAACCUGAGCUGCAAGCUUGAUGCGCACAUGAAGCAGCUCAAGGAGAUGGCUUCCUCCGGGGUGCCGUCGCCGUCGAAGGCCAUUGUUGCCGUAAGGCCUGGCGUCGAGGCCAGCGCAGGUGAGAAGACGUUCUACCUCAAGGAUCUCUUCUCCAGGAUCAGGAUUGGUGGCACCGUCCAGAGGAGCCAGGCAUUGGCCACCAUUAGAGAGCUCUUGGCAGAAGAUGAAUUGUGUGCAAAGGUGGUCGCUCUCGACAUCGACGACGGCAUCACCUUCCUCACCGGGUUUCUCGAGUCGACGGACGCGUGCAUCCAAGAAGAGGCUGCAGGUGCUGUCGCCAUUGUUGCGAGCUCCGAGUGCUACAGAGGAAUGCUGGUUAAGGCAGGGGUGAUUGCCCCCCUUGUCCAGAUGCUGGAGAACACAGACACGGCCAGUGAGCUGGGCAAGGAGAGAGCUGCUCAGGCGCUGAGGGAGCUGACGGAGAAUUCAGACAACGUGUGGGCCGUCUGCGCGCACGGCGGCCUCACCACGCUGUUGCACGCCUGCGCCGACGCUGGCAGCAGCAGCAAGCUGAUCAGCUCAUCUUUCUCAGUGCUGAGAAAUCUGAGCCGGGUGGAGGAAGUGAAGAUGUUCAUGGUGGAGCAAGGGGUGGUCACGGAGCUGGUGAAGCUGUCCCAGAAGAAGGAGGAGGUCCGCAAGCUCGGCGCCGUCGAAUUGCUCCAUGCCAUGGCUCUGGAUGACGCCGAUGUCAGAGAGGAAGCCGUCAGCAUGGGGGUGAUCCAGUCACUCCUUCAGUUGAUAUACCCUGACCUUCCAUACUCAUACAAGGCCAGAGAGGUCGCUCUUGCAGCCAUUUGGUUCUUCUGCUUCUCUUCUGCGAACUCCAUAGAUGACCUCAUCAGCUCAGAUGUUCUUGGCUGGAUGCUCUUCUACCUCAACAAUGGCGACUACGCUGUUCUCGAGUGCACUCUCAAGAUCCUGAGGCAUCUCUCUGAGGUUUCCGAGGAGUACAACAGGAUGAUGGGAAGAGCAGGGUAUUUGAGUGCCCUCUCAAGCUUGCUUGGGGCAAAAUCAUGUCGAGUUCGGGAAAUGGCAGCUCAGGUGCUUUCCAGCUUACUGAUACUUCACCCUAACCGCACCAUUUUUGUUCAAGAUGGCGAUAGUUUGGACAGGCUGCUGCUGCUGCUUGAUCCAGCUGAGGGUAAGUUGAUAGCAAAGGACUUGAUCCUCUCUGCUAUCAUGUCCUUGACUGAGACCAACAGCGGAAGGAAGAAAAUUGUGACAUCAGAGCACUUCUGCAGACUGAAAGAACUAGCAGACUCUGGUGACUUCGACGCCAAGAAGAUCGUCAAGAAACUAUCUACUAACAGACUGCUAACCAUUUUCAGCAAAAUAUGGAGUGUUUAAGUUAUUUCUAACCCUUUACUUUCGCUUAGAUUUAGCUGUAGUUUGUCGAUGCCCAUAGUUUUUGCUUUGCUUGUAAUAUCAACAUAUCCAUCAGUAUGAUUCCAUUGUGAUGUAUAUUGCAACUUCAGUUAAAUUCAAGCUUUUUUUAAGGUACAGGGUUCUAAA